CCAAAAAUGAAAUUACCAAAAAAAAAUCCACCGUGUUACGAGUAGUAGUAGCAGCUGGGUCGUCUACUCUGCGUCCUGUCUGAGUCUCUUGGUCUCUCAGCUGUCUUCUGCUGUCGCCGGAGCUCAUUGGUGCGAGUUCUGCCAUUGCGUCAUUUCAGGCGAGGCAGUUAUUGUUUUGAGAAUUGAGAUGGCGGUUGUUCAGUUUCAAGCUACUAUGUGUCUGAAUCGUCCCCUUGGCUGUUCUGAUGGGCGUCUAUGUUUUGCAAGACCUCGUCAUUUCCUUCCCGAGAGAUCCUCCUUCCCAAAUGCAGCGCUUCAAAUUGCCACUUCAAGGACAAAUGCUUCCAUUGCUAAAUCAACCGUUACUCUCUGCUCUACCCAAUCCCAAUCCCAAACUCCCCAAGAGUCGUCUAUUGUUAAAGAAAAAAGUGUCUCCGUUGUCCUACUCGCUGGAGGCCAGGGGAAGAGGAUGGGUGCUAACAUGCCCAAGCAGUAUCUUCCACUUCUAGGUCAACCAAUUGCACUCUAUAGUUUCUACACUUUCUCGCGCAUGGUUGAAGUGAAAGAAAUCAUUGUCGUUUGUGAUCCUUCAUACAAGGACAUUUUUGAAGAUGCGAAAGUGAAUGACAAAGUAGAACUUAAAUUUGCACUUCCUGGAAAAGAAAGACAGGAUUCUGUCUACAAUGGGCUGCAGGCUGUUGAUUCAAACUCGCAGCUUGUUUGCAUUCAUGAUUCUGCAAGACCUCUGGUGUUAUCAGAAGAUGUGAAAAAGGUCCUUAAAGAUGGAUUGUUGAAUGGGGCUUCCGUUCUUGGUGUCCCUGUGAAGGCCACAAUCAAAGAGGCAAACAAUGAAUCAUUUGUAGUUCGAACACUGGACAGAAAAACGCUAUGGGAGAUGCAGACCCCUCAGAUAAUCAAGCCCGAGUUACUAAAGAAAGGAUUUGAGCUUGUAAAUAGGGAAGGUCUUGAGGUAACAGAUGAUGUAUCCAUUGUAGAACACUUGAAACAUCCUGUUUAUAUCACUCAAGGAUCUUAUACCAAUAUCAAGGUGACAACGCCUGACGAUUUGAUAUUAGCUGAGAGAAUAUUGAAUUUACACUCUGUAGAAAAGUCCUCUUAAAAAGUUUUUGCCAUUUGAGGAAAAAUCAUUCUCAAAUGUAUGUUUGCUGAAUUAGAAUGCUUUUGGUCCUCCUGCAAGCAAAGAGAAAUGUUGAACCGGCUUUGAUUAGGCAAAUUCUUUUUUAAUCUGAUACCAACUUCAUCGUCACCCAAUUAAUAAAGCACUCAUGAGGGCAUGACUCAUGAUCCAAAAUGCAAACGAUUAAAGUUUAUUUGUUUAUUUAUAUUUUUAUCUUCCAAUAAAUUGCUUGAUUAAAUAAAAUCAAUUUCCCAA